CGGGCCCGCCGAGAGCAGGCCGUGCCGGCCGGUUGGGGGCCGGAUCCCGGACCAUGGCGGCAGCGGCGGGCGCCGACGGGCGGCGCGCGGGCCUGGAGGCGGCGGCGGCGGCGGCGGCUCCAGAGCGGGGCGGUGGGAGCUGCGUGCUGUGCUGCGGGGACCUGGAGGCUACGGCGCUGGGCCGCUGCGACCACCCGGUGUGCUACCGCUGCUCCACCAAGAUGCGGGUGCUGUGUGAGCAGCGCUACUGCGCCGUUUGCCGCGAGGAGCUGCGUCAGGUGGUCUUUGGGAAAAAGCUUCCUGCCUUUGCCACAAUCCCCAUCUGCCAGCUGCAGCAUGAGAAGAAGUAUGAUAUCUACUUCGCUGAUGGAAAAGUGUUCGCUUUGUACAGGCAGCUGUUGCAGCACGAGUGCCCACGGUGCCCCGACCUGCCGCCCUUUGUCCUCUUCGGGGACCUGGAACAGCACAUGCGGAAGCAGCAUGAGCUCUUCUGUUGCAGGCUGUGCCUCAAACACCUGAAGAUCUUCACGUAUGAGCGCAAGUGGUACUCACGCAAGGACCUGGCGCGGCACCGCAUGCAGGGGGACCCGGAUGACACGUCGCACCGCGGGCACCCACUCUGCAAGUUCUGCGAUGAGCGCUACCUGGACAACGACGAGCUGCUCAAGCACCUGCGCCGUGACCACUACUUCUGCCACUUCUGCGACGCUGACGGGGCCCAGGACUACUACAGCGACUACGCGUAUCUGCGCGAGCACUUCCGGGAGAAGCACUUCCUGUGCGAGGAGGGCCGCUGCAGCGCGGAGCAGUUCACCCACGCCUUCCGCACCGACAUCGAUCUCAAGGCCCACAGGACGGCCUGCCACAGCCGCAGCCGCGCCGAGGCCCGUCAGAACCGCCAGAUCGACCUGCAGUUCAGCUACGCGCCGCGGCACUCGCGUCGGGGCGAGGGGGUCGUCAGUGGCGAGGACUAUGAGGAGGUGGACAGGUACAACCGCCAGGGCCGUGCAGGCCGGGCCAGCAGUCGUGGAGCCCAGCAGAGCCGCCGAGGAAGCUGGAGGUACAAGAGGGAAGAGGAGGACUGGGAGGUGGCAGCUGCCAUCCGGGCCUCGGUGGCCGCACAGCAGCAGGUGUGCAGGAGCGAAGAACGGGAGGAGUGCAGCAGGCCCACAGAGGAGGAGGCUGGGGCGCGGGGGCCUGAGGAGCCCCACAGCCUCUGGCGCCUGCCCCAGACUCAGGGCGAAGCCCCAGGCCCCAAGGAAGUCUUGACAGAUGGUCCCGUGAGCCAGGAGGCUCCCCCUGCACCCGGCCAAGCCACAGGGGCCGCCCUGAGCACCGUCCCACCCCCAACUUCAGAGCUCAAGGACGAAGACUUCCCCAGUCUCUGUGCCUCCACUUCCUCCUCCUGCUCCUCGGCAGCAGCCCUGGGCUCCGUGGGGCUGGCCCUGGCGUACCCUGUUCCCUCCAGGGGCAAGAGCACCUUCCAGGAGGAGGACUUCCCUGCCCUGGUGUCCUCCACCUCCAAGCCCAGCGCCGCCCCCACCAGCCUCAUUUCCGCCUGGAACAGCAGCAGCGGCACAAAGGUGGUGCGGCCCCCUGCUGGGGUCCAGGCUGCCGGUGGGGGUGUCCAGCCGCACAGGAAGGCUGCAAAGGGGGGCAGGGGCAGCAAGAAGGGCGGGCCACCCCCUGUGGAGGAGGAGGAGGAGGAGGAGGAGGACGGUCGAGCCGGCCUCACUGCCCAGGAGCUGCGGAGUGUGCCCACUACGGUCGCUGUUUCCUCCCUGCUGGCAUUGGCCUCCACCCAGACUUUCAGCAAGGUCGGCAAGAAGAAGAAGGUGGGCUCAGAGAAGCCAGGUGCCGUGUCACCAACCCCUCCACCCCCAGACAAAGAUGGGCCCCCUGGGGCUGAGCAGGCCCCCACGGCCCCCCUUGGCAGAGCUGAAGGACCAGCUGCUGUCAUCGUCAACGGACACACGGAGGGGCCCACCCUGGCUCAGAGCGCCCCCAAGGAACCUCCUGGCCUCCCUCGGCCCCUAGGGCCACUCCCCUGCCCCACAGCCCAGGACGACUUCCCAGCGCUCGGUGUCCCCUGCCCGCCGAGGACGCCCCCACCCCCAGGCUUCAACAGUGUGGUGCUUCUGAAGGGCACCCCACCCCCACCUCCACCAGGUCUGGUGCCCCCUGUCAGCAAGCCACCCCCUGGCUUCUCUGGCCUCCUACCCAGCCCCCACCCAGCCUGCGUCCCCAGCACUACCACCACCACAAAAGUGCUGAAGCCUCCUCCUCCAUCCUCAACUGCCAGAGCCAGGCUGACACCUGCACCACGGGCCUACCUGGUCCCCAAGAACUUCCGGGAGAGGAAUCUGCAGCUCAUCCAGUCCAUCAGGGGCCUCCUGCAGAGUGACGAGGUCCGCUUCAGCAAGUUCAAGAGCCACUCGGGAGAGUUCAGACAGGGCAUGAUCUCUGCAGCCCAGUAUUACAAGAGCUGCCGGGACCUGCUGGGGGAGAACUUCCAGAAGAUCUUUAAUGAGCUGCUGGUGCUCCUGCCUGACACGGCCAAGCAGCAGGAGCUGCUGUCUGCACACACAGACUUCCGGGGCCGCGAGAGGCCUCCAGGCACCAAGGCAAAGAAGAAGAAGAGUGCAUGGCAGGCAGGCCUGGACUGCUGCGUGUGCCCCACCUGCCAGCAGGUGCUUGCACAUGGUGACGUCAGCAGCCACCAGGCGCUGCAUGCUGCCCGGGACAAUGACUUCCCCUCCCUGCAAGCCAUUGCCAGGGUCCUGACGUAGCUCCUUCUGGUAUGGGCGGGGCUGCCAUACCUGCGAGCCUUUCUCCUUCCUUCUCUUGGGCUGCCAGGCAGCCAGGCAAGGCCCUGGUGAGACUGCCUACUGAGGCCCCUUGGCCAGCUGGCCCACUAGGGGUUGCCAGGAAUGCCCAAUCUACCCUCUUGGUACACUGUCAUGCAGGAGUCCAGGAGUCCUCGGGACUGGGCAGAGAUAGCCCCUGCCUCAGUGGUGGGUUGCUCUUGGUUUGUAUUCUCAUGUUUUUGGAAGAUGCCAGGAGUGGGAAGGUCCAGGGUGCCAGAACCUGUCCAUGCUGUCAGAGCCAGUGGCCACAGUGGGCUGGUCUGGGACCUCCUGAGCCGGAGGGCUGCAAUACUGUGGCCCCCCAGGCAGACAUUGUGGGUCCCCCGGAGCUGGAGUCAGAUACUGAGUGUGCUGUAUAAACAUUUCGUUGUUCCGUGAUUGAAGAAUGUUCAGGAUUAAAAGCUGACACGAAAUUGUGCUGCUUGAAGUUGAACCUUUUUACAAGAUGGGCUGCAUCUGGGAUCUCAAAUUGUCUCUGACCCUUUAUAAGACAGUUUAUCUUCAAAUAAAUUUAUUUUGCAAUAAUG